CAACAGUGUUCUUGUAAUCCAACAGAACUCAGACAAAAUGAUGAGCUCCGCAUUGUUCUGAUUGGGAAGACUGGAGUUGGGAAGAGUAAAGCUGGAAACACCAUCCUGGGGAGGGAUGCGUUUAUAUCUAAGCCGUCCCCUUCCUCUGUGACAUCAGAAUGUGAAAAAGCCAGAGGGGAGGUCGAUGGGCAGUGGGUUGCUGUUAUCGACACUCCAGGUGUGUUUGACACCAACUGUACCACAGAGGAGGCAAUGAAAAAGAUAUCAAAGUGCAUGUGUCUCUCUGCUCCUGGUCCCCAUGUGUUCCUGAUUGUGAUCCAGCUGGGUAGAUUCACACCUGAGGAGAAGGAAACAGUGAAGAUGAUCCAGACAACCUUUGGAGAACAGGCUGCAAAUUAUACAAUGGUCCUCUUUACCCAUGGAGAUCAACUGGGGGCGACAUCAAUUGAAAACUAUGUGAAACAGAGUCAGGAUCUUCAGCGUUUCAUAGAGCAAUGCCGUGGGGGAUAUCAUGUCUUUAAUAACAAAGAUCAGAAUCCCUCCCAGGUCACUGAGCUGCUUGAGAAGAUAAACAAGAUGGUCAGGAGGAAUGGAGGAAGCCACUACACCACUGAGAUGUUCCAAGAGGCUGAGAGAGCAAUUCGGGAAGAGGAGGAGAGGAUCCUGAAAGAGAAUGAAGACCAGAGACGCAAGGAUCCUGAAGAACUAGAAGAUAAAUUAGCAGGAAAUGCCCAGGAGAAAGAAAGAAAAGAGCGGGAUGAAAAAAAUAAGAGAGAAGCUAGAAAUGAUGCUGAAAAAAGAAACAGCUUUAUAAUAGUGCCAGGAAUUGGAGCUGGAACUGUAGUUGGAGUGGCUGCAGGUGCAAAAAUAGGAUCAGCAAUGGGGUUAGGUGGGAUGGCAGUAGGUGGGUUAGCAGGGGGGGUAGUAGGUGCAGUUUCAGGGAGGUUAGCAGGAGCUGGAGUGAUUCAAGUUUCAGAGAAAUGCAGUAUCCAGUAA